AGUCUCUGCAUUUUUCCCCAGGUCAGCCUUCUGAUUCCAGACAUCCUGAUCCUGGCGCAUACCCAGGCUGAACUGGCUUCUUGUUGGGCUUUACUCAGAGAUUAACACAGCUCCUUUUUAUAGGUUUCUCCCCGACCUUGUUUAUACCUCCGGCAAGUUGUUGUGCAUAAACAUUACUUGUCCUCUGACCUCACUAAACGAGUGGUACGACCGUUGGCGCUUUGUUUAGGCAGCAUUCUACAUACACCCAGCACUAUUAAGCAUUAGUUCCGCGGUGAUCUACAACUCAGUUUAUAAAAUGUCCUCGAUCUUCAGUCGUCGUCACGGGCAAACGUUCACCCGCACUGGACGUUCCACACCUGAUCUUCUUUCAUCAAACGCUUCCAAGCUGGAGCAACCCAAACCUCCUGUCAAUAGCCUUUAUCACUUAGAUGUAGUCGAUGCUAGCUCAGUGAUAAUCCCAUCAGUUAUUACCUACUCUUCCCCUCAAACACCCGAGCACUCGAUGUCUCCCGCAUCUUCUUCAAGUCAUAAAUCAGUCCCUCCCCGUUCUCACACGGUGCAACCAACGACCAACAAUAUCAGUUUUCCUACGAUGAACCCAAGCUCCGCGGGUCCAUCGGCUGCUCAACGUCCCAAACGUGCACCGACACCGCCACCACCGUAUGUUGAUAAUUUUCCCUCGCGAGAUGGAGCAGAUCAUUCCCCUGUGACCCCUGUAGCAUGCCGCUCAAGAUCCCGAACUCCCUCUGCAUCUACUUGGAUAAAACGUGUCGUGUCACGUAGUUCCUCGCGUGCAUCUCUUCGCAAACAGUAUGAACAAAUCCCAAUGUCCGAAGAGGAGAGAAUUGAAGCAGAGCAGGUCAAAGCUCGCAAAGCAAAAGAAGCCCUCGCCGAAUGGAAUCGAAUCAAUGAUGCCCUCAAAGCUGCAGGAUUUUGAUCGCCGAGGAAUCGUGGUGUUAAGACGGAAGCUGGAUUGACCCCAACAGUACCGUUCACGUUACAUCUUGCAUUUUUGUAUCGUGUGUAAAAUGCGCAAAAGGUCACCUUAAAGUGACAAUUCACCAGACCUUUUGCCGAAUCUAAAGCGCAGCUAACCAACCCACUUCAAUCAAUAAAACAGCCGCUGAAAAAAAAAUCUUUCUUUUUUAAAAUCUGUCGCAAUCCCUUAAUUGUAAAUAAUCUAUUAUUCUGUUUGACAAGAUAUCUUAUGAUCUAACUUAACCCCCACACAGUCAUCCGCUUGAUGUGAACAAUCACUUCCAUCCAUAUGGGCACCCUGUAGUUACCUAUGUCAUCUCACUGUUUCAAAUAAUCUGUUCUAGCUUGUUUGAAUCCCAACCUUGACAAAUAAAAAUGAGAGUAACAAUUCUGUGACUUACAACUGCAGAGGCAUGAAACAUCAAAUUUGAAA